AUGGCGACUACAGCAAACAUCGACACCCUGCCGUGGGAGCUCAUCGGCCGCAUCUCCCCUCUCCUGGCGCGCAAGGAGUUCAUGGCCUUACGCCGAGCAAACAAGACUCUUCUGGCGGGCACCAUGUACGACUUCGGCGAGCGGUACUGCAAGGUCCUCCGGGUCCGACUUCAAGCUCAUGCCCUCGAGGUGCUGCUGUCGCUGUUGGAAUACAAGGACAUUGCCUCUCGGGUUCACACCGUCCAUUUCUUCGUCUGUUACCGCCAUUGGAAGCCUCUGCGAGAUCAGGAGGUGCAGCAGAUGCUUCGACUCUUGCAGCAGCUUCUGCCUAAGAUCCAGACCGCUACCGCCGUGCACAUCAACUCGAUCUCUCACAAAUACUUCGACGCUCACAUUGACACGCUCCUCCACGCCCUCAUCGAGACGCCGCUUUCUCGAAUCUCACGAAUUGGCUUUCAUGGAAGCACACUCGACCUCCAGCUGCUUCAACAUUUCUUCGACACGUGCAAGGGUCCUAUCGCGCACCUGAGUAUUCAUUGUCUCUGCGCACGGGAAGGCAACUGGUUCGAUCUGUUGGAAUUCAUGCGGGACCACAUGGAGAUCGAGAAGCUGGACUUUGUACCCGCUUAUCGAGAUAUGUGGGAUUCUCCGGUGUUCGAGUCAGGCCGUCGACGACUGGUGAAAUGGAUGCGCGAUCCGGAGAUCAAGAAGUACGAGCACUACGUUCUGGGACAUCAGUCCUUCAUGUGCGGACCGAAUGCGGUCAAGGCAGGCUUGCAGGUGCUCCUCGAGAGACGAGGAGGAUAA